AUGACGUCUAACCGGAAGGUUGAAGACCUAGAAGCAAAUGUAGAGUCUUUGAUGAGACGUAAGUCGGUCCUUGAGCGUGACACGCUUGACAAAAAGAAUCUCCUUCAGGCUCUGGAGACGCGUCUGGGCAAAUACAGUUCGCAAAAUGAAUGGCGCUCGAUGAAGUUGACGCAGAAAGUUCAUUGGUUGGUCUCUGCUAUUGCUGAUGCUGAAAUCAGGGAACUGGUGUCUUCCCAAGAAGCGGAGGCAGCAAGGAAAGAGUCGAGUCACCUACGCUCACAUAUGAGAGACACUCAAUAUGAAGUUGAAUGUGAAAAAGAAUCGCUUUCCAUUCUGACCAUGAAGCUGGAGAAGACUGAAAAUGAGCUCCAACGGAAUCAGCAUCGAACGGCAGAAUUGGAAGCUCAUCUACCUGCUCUUGCAUCAGCUCAUCAUCAAUCGGAGAUACUUUUGGAGAAAGUUUGGAGUCUAGAAUACCUUCUUGAGAAGGAGCAGGAAAAGGUUACGAAUCUAGAAUCCAUCCUGGAGCAAAAGCAGGCUGAGAUGAGGAAAGCAGAAGAGGCCAUCUAUGCUUGGACGGGACGGUCCGAGGAGACCGAAGCUUAUCUUCAGAGAAGUCAGAUGCGCAUUUCAGAGUUGGAGGCGCACUUGCGAAAAUUGAGCGCGAUUCAACAGCAAGCUGAAGAACUCUCCAAACAGGUCCAGGGUCUAGAGGAGGUUGUUCAACAGAAACAGUCUGCUUUGAAAGCUUUGGAAGCUUCUCGUACAAAAGCCGUGAACAAGCUAACUAAAACUGUUAACAAGUUCAGAGAACUAUGUCAACAGUCAAAAGGAGUUGUUGAUGACCUGAAGCGUGUGCAAGGAAGUGUAGAAAGCAAGGAUGCCGAGAUAAAUCAGCUGAAGGAAGAGCUUGGAAGAUUCUGCGCUGAAGCUCGGCAGUUACAAGAGAGUAGAUUUCAGCAACGCUCUCCUCGUGGAACUUGA